AUGAGCGAGGAGAAGAGCCCGUUGCUCAACGGGACGGGCGGCAGCAGUGGCGGGGAGGGCAAACCCGGAAAGGCCAGCGUCAAGGGAGUGGACGUGGAGCGCCUGCCGGGCUACGACGGUCACUUUGCCGCCGCCCCAAAGCGGCGCAAGUAUUACUUCUUCUCCAACGUGCUCUGGUACGAGUACUUCGUCCUGCUGGUGGGCAUGGUGGCCUCGGCGGGCCUGGGCGCGACGCCGCUGGCGUUCUACUACUUCUUCGGCAAGCUGGUCGACUACGCCAACGACCCGGACCUGCCCGACGAGAUCAGGAAGACGAGCUACUACUUCUUCGGUAUUGCCGUGGUCGGCGGUAUCUCGGCCUGGUUGAGCAACGCCACGUUCCUCUACGUGGGCGAGCGCGUCUCGGCCCGUAUCCGCCUCGAGCUGUUCGAGGCCAUCACCAUGCAGGAGGUGGGCUGGUUCGAUCAAACCAAGACUGGUACCCUCAUCACGCGUCUCUCGGAGGACAGCACAACAGUGCGCGGUCUGUUCAGCGAGAAGAUCGGCAUGCUCUUCACCUCCAUCUGCCAGUGCGUCGGCGGUCUCACGUUCGCGUUCUACUACUCGUGGAGCAUGACGUUGGUAAUGCUCGGUACCGCGCCCCUGAUGGGCGUCGCCAUUGCCAUCCAGGGCAAGCUCACUGUCACCUUCACCAAAAAGGCCUCCGACAGCUCGGCGCACGCAGUCGCCGUCGCUGAAGAGGUCAUCACCAACUUCAGGACUGUGCGCUCCUUUGCCGCCGAGGAGAAGGAGGUCACCCGAUUCGAGAAGGCGCUGCAGAGCAUCCUCAACGUCGGCUACGCCAAGGCCGGCGCGCAGGGUCUCAGUCUCGGCUUGGUCGAGGACGGCAAGAUCACUCUCGGCGAGGUCAUCUCCGUGUUCGGCAUGAUGCUCUUCGCCGUCAUCGGUAUCUCUCAGGCCCUCAACCAGCUGCCCGAGGUGUUCAAGACGAAGGCGUCGUUUGCCAUGAUCGCGGAGAUCGUGGAGCGGACGCCCGAGAUUCCGAACAAGGGCGGCAGGAGGCUCGACCGGAUCAACGGCCAGGUCGACCUCAGUAAGCUGCGCUUCAAGUACCCCACUCGCGAUGCCCUCGUCCUCAACGACCUCUCGCUCUCCGUCAAGCCCGGCCAGACAGUCGCUCUGGUGGGCGAAUCGGGCAGCGGCAAGUCGACGAUCUUCGCGUUGGUCGAGCGCUUCUACGACCCGGAAGGCGGUCAGGUGCUGAUCGACGGCGUGGACCUCCGGGAGCUCGACCCCAAGUGGUACCACCGCCAGGUCGCCAUCGUGUCGCAGGAGCCCAUCCUGUUCAGCGGAUCGAUCAAGGAGAACAUCAUGUACGGCAAGAUGGACGCCACCGACGCCGAGGUCGUGGAUGCCGCCAGAGCCGCCAACGCACACGACUUCAUUACGGGUCUGCCUAACGGCUAUGACACUCUGGUCGGCGAGAGGGGCAUCGCACUCAGCGGUGGCCAGAAGCAGCGCGUGGCUAUCGCGAGGGCCGUGCUCAAGAACCCCAAGAUCCUCCUGCUCGACGAGGCCACCUCGGCCCUCGACACGGAGAGUGAGGCGCUGGUGCAGCAGGCGCUGGACAAGCUGAUGGUGGGCCGAACGUCGUUCAUCAUUGCCCAUCGUCUCAGCACGGUGCGCAAUGCCGACGUCAUCUACGUGCUCAGCAAGGGCGAAGUCGUCGAGCAAGGCACCCACAAGGGCCUCAUCGCCAAGAAGGGUCACUAUCUCAAGCUGGCCACUCGCCAGUUGGCGCGCACCGACGCCGACGAUGAGGACCUGGACAUCGUCGGGUCUACCAGCGGCGCGGGGGUAUCAUCGACUGACGACGAGGAAGAAGAGAAGGGGAAGGAGAGGAGCGAGCCCGCCCUCUGA